AGUGAUGUGCAUGGAUACAAUUUGUGGGCGUUAUCAUUGUUGGUGUUCCCAGUGCUGACUUUGUUUGGCAAUGUAUUGGUGAUACUCAGCGUAGCGCGGGAAAGAAGCUUGAAAACGGCCACUAACUACUUCAUAGUGAGCUUGGCUGUCGCCGACCUUUUAGUGGCAGUCGUUGUGAUGCCAUUCGGCGUUUACUAUUUGUUCAACGGGUCGUGGGGUCUGCCCGCCUUCGUGUGUGACAGCUACAUCGCGAUGGACGUAACUUGCUCCACCUCCAGCAUCUUCAACUUGGUCGCUAUAUCCGUAGACAGAUAUAUCGCCGUAACCCAGCCGAUCAAGUAUGCGAAGCACAAGAGCAGCGCGCGUGUGUGGCUGAUGAUAGCGGUCGCGUGGCUGGUGUCCAGUGCGAUCGGCGCGCCCGUCGUUCUCGGCCUCAAUGACGCCCCCGACCGUAGCCCCAACGCCUGCCUCUUCAACAACACCGACUACGUCAUCUACUCCUCACUCGGCUCAUUCUACAUACCUUGCAUUAUAAUGAUGUUCCUCUAUUACAACAUUUUUAAGGCGAUACGAAAAAGAGCAAAGAAGCAACGUAUAGGUAAGAAGACAUCAUCCGCGGUGGGCUCUACAGUUUCCAGUGGGACAGCUGCGGUGGUGAUUCAGAACGUGAAAGGUCUGCCGCGGCGCACCGACAGCGGCGUGCAGGAUGACAAGCCGACCAACACUGGCUCGGGCAGUAAUGAAGACGAGGAAGAUGAAAACUUCGACCGAACCGAGAUGGGAGUAUACGCGGAUGAGCUUGCUAAUACGAGAUCGACAAGGUUCAUGCUCGCUGCCGUAGUGGAAGAAACCGGUUUAAUAAUGGCAAAUUUAGCAUCGCCGAUUCCAAUGAUGGACCCAAAUACAAACAAUGAUUCCGGCUACGUCACAUCGAAUAUAGAUGGAGAGAAAGAGCACACUCCACCUCCAUCGCCCAGCAGUAAAGCGAAAAUACAUAAAGAAGGAAACAGUUCGGUACCUAAGAAACCAGAUUUGAAGCAAAAGUUAAGUCGUCUUAGCAAUACUUCGAUGAUCAGCACUCCUCGAAGACGGUUCAAAAGCGCGGCGUCUGCAGCGCGGUUUACGAUCUUCCGAGCUAACAGAGCUGGCAAAUUACGAGCCAAGUCUUUUGCCAAGAAAGAAAAGAAGGCUACACAAACUCUGGCGAUUGUUUUAGGUGUCUUCCUAUUCUGCUGGGCGCCAUUUUUCACCUGUUCGGUUCUCGAUGCUCUCUGCAUCAAGUUUGGUCUCUCCUACUCACCAGGAGUGACCGUCUUCAUCUUCACCACGUGGCUCGGUUACAUUAACUCAUUCCUCAAUCCUGUCAUCUAUACUAUUUUCAAUCCCGAAUUCCGGAAGGCUUUCCGAAAAAUUCUACACUUCGGUACAUAG